CCCCCAGGACCGGGGAGGGACACGGGAACGGGGGAAUCCCCCGAGUCGGGGCUGUGUGGGACUGAGGGGGAUAGCCCUUGGAUCGGGGGCAUCCUCAGGACCGGGGCUGUGUGGGAUAAACGUGGGGAUCCCUGGGACUGGAGCUGUGCGAGAUCGGGACUGUGCCGAACUCGGGGUGAGGGGAAUGUGGGGUCGGUGAAGAGUUCCAUGGAGCCGAGGGAUUCGUUAGGAUCGGACCGAGUGGGCGAGAAAUGAGGUGGAAUUCCCCGGGUCUGGGUUUCUGCAGGAUCAGGGGAAUCCUUAUGACUGGGCUGAGCGGAAUCGGGGUGGGGGGAAUGUCCUCAUUCCAGCGGGAUCAGGACGGCAUCCCCUGGGACUGGGGGCAUUCUGGGGAUCGCGACCCGGUGGGCUUGGGGGAGUGACCCUCGAACACUGGGGUUGCGUGGGACCCCCCGGGGUCGGGGCUAGAUGGAAUCGGGGGGAGGGAUCCCCCUGGGUGCCGGGAUUCAUCCCGAGCCGAGGGGGAUCCGCUGCCCCGGGUCCCCUCCGGCGGGAUCCCGAGCUCCGGUGCCACAGGGGAUGCGCACGGCGCUGCGGCUGGUGCGGUUCCGCGGGGCCGCGGGCGGGGGGCCCAGGCUCGGGCUGGAGGAGGCGCCCGGGGGGGACCUGGUGGAUCUGAGCGCGGCGGAGCCGGAGCUGCCCCGAUCGAUGCGGGAAUUCCUGGAGAUCGGCCCCCGCGGGCUGGAGCUCGCCCAGAGAGCACUGGAGUCGGGGCAGCACCGGGUGCUCCGGGCGACUGCGCAGCUGCUGGCACCCAUGGGGGACCCCGAGAAGGUGAUCUGUGUGGGGCUCAACUACCACGACCACUGUCAGGAGCAGGGCGUGAAGGUCCCCAAGGAGCCCCUCAUCUUCAGCAAGUUCCCCAGUGCCAUCACUGGCCCCUUCGAUGACAUUGUGCACCCCCAGGACACCAGUGAGCUGGACUGGGAGGUGGAGUUGGCUGCCAUCAUUGGGAAGAGGGGGCGACACAUUGAGGAAGCGGCAGCACUGGAGCACGUGCUGGGCUUCACAGUGGCCAACGACGUGAGUGCCCGCGACUGGCAGAUGCGGCGAAAUGGGCGGCAGUGGCUGCUGGGGAAAACCUUCGACACCUUCUGUCCCCUGGGGCCGGCCAUUGUCACCAGGGAGGCGGUGGCAGAUGUCCAUAACCUGUGGAUCCGCUGCAGCGUCAAUGGGCACCGGAUGCAGGACAGCAACACCCGCCACCUCAUCUUUGGGGUGCCCGCCCUUGUUGCCUGGGUGUCCCGGUUUGUGACACUGGUCCCUGGGGACAUCCUGCUGACAGGGACCCCUGCGGGAGUGGGAGUCUUUCGGAAACCACCCGUUUUCCUCAAGCGCGGUGAUGAGGUACAGUGUGAGAUUGAGGAGCUGGGCACCAUUUGCAACCGGGUGGUCUGAUGGUGGAGAGAAGCCACAGAUCCCACCUCCCCUCAAGGGGGUCAAUAAAUCCACGAGUGAUUGGGUCA